UUUAUCUUGGUCAGGACGUUUUCUCGCGCCGUUUCUUAUCGAGAGUUUUUCUUAUUCUAAUUUACUCUAUAGCAAUCUUCUCUAAGCUUCAGUUAAUAUAAUUAUUCCAAUUGUUUCUACAACGUUUCCGCUACAACAGCACUACGAGAUGGAGAAUUUAGCAGAUUUUACAAUGCAUUUGUGUGAACAGUAGUUAUUUCCGACGGAGCGAAAAAUGCAUAGCCGCUUAAAGCAUGUAUAUAGCAGCAAAGUGCGACGGCAGAUGCGUUAUUUAUGUAGCGGUUCGCUAAGUACGUUUCGUUGUGUGAUAGCUUCGAUUCUGACGAUCGGGGGAUCGGGGGUUACGGAUCGCCGACGAGGGGUGGUGUAUCCUCUGUAUUCUCUCUUUUUACAAGGAAGAGCCAGCGCGGAGAAGCGGGGUGGAGGACCCGAAUCCUGAGGCAGUGGACCGUGAAUGCGAUACCAGCUUCACGUAGUGCGUCGGUGUAGGAGAGGGAGAGAGGGGGAGAGGUGCCGUCAAACAACCGUUCGUCGAUCGUCCCUUCUCGGUACACCCAUACUCAUCCCUGGCUUCGUCCUCCUCGCGUCAGCAGCAGGGGGUGAUUUAGUGAUAGAGGAAACCUGGCCGGCAUUCUUUUCCUGGCUUAAUUAAAAGAUGAUUGCUUAAUGAGGGUCAUCGAUGUUCUGUGGAAAAUGAGCUCCAAUCGUGAACAAGGUCUACACACAGGGUGUCCUAACAUUAUCGGCGCUUUUUCGCAAUUCGCUGCGCACACGGUUGCAGUUACACGGUUACGUCGAAAUGUCGAAUAUCGAUGACCACAAGGUGCAGUGACGCGCGGUGAUGGAUGCAUCAGCGGGACCAAAGCACCGGCAUUUACCACAGUCGUUGGAAGGCUGAAAGAAAUCGACGAUGGGUCUGCAGCCUGCAGCCUGCAGCCUGGGCUCUGGGCUAUGCCGUGCGCCGAAGGGAAAAGAGAGAAAUUGGCGAGUAAGACGGAAAGAAAGAGCAAGACCGCGCGGAGAUUAGAUCCCGCGGGAUGAGUAGGUGGGAUUGGAUUUGGCAGGCGCGCGGCUCGUUGGCGGUAGAUGCCGGUGAUGCGAAGGAGUAGGACAAGAAGAAGGGGCACGGGGUGGAGUUUGGUUGGUGUCCGAACGGCGGAGAGGCUGCAGAAGGGAAACUCGGAGUAGGGUAGACUAUUGGAAGUGCACCCGUAGUAGAGCAGGACGGGGGACGAGGGAGAGAGCAGCGAAGAGACGAGAGAGAAGAGAGGCCGUAAGUGACAGAACCGUGGUGGUAUAGGUGAACUGCUGGACAACCGAACCACCCGAACUGUACUCGGCGGUAUUUAAGGGAGAGUCGCGAGCGUAGCGCGCCAGUUGUUAGUACGGCCGGUUGGUGGUUGGCUUUCGCGGACUGACACUUACUCGAUUGUCACGUCGCGUGGCGCCGAGUGCAGUUGAAGCGCCAAAAGCGUUGCACGAAUAAAAAAAAAAAUAUAUAUAUAUUUUUUUUUUUAAUAAGCUAAUCCUGCUAAUCUUAACAAUCUCGAUAAGUAAUCUCGAUGAAUAAAUUCAAUAAAUCUUAAUAAAGAGAUCGCUUAGUGAUGCUUAAAGUGAAACAGGCAGUCAUGUGACCGUGCACCGCUUUUUUUUCGUCAAUUCUUUCGGAUUUGCACGAUAUAAUUAAGUUAUCUUUUUUUCACACGAUUGUAAACACAUAAGUGCAAAGUUAAGUGAUUAUUUGAAAGAUUCCAAAAUUUCUCCUCAAAUCGGCGAUAGCGUUAUGUGAAAAUACACAUAUGGCAUUAUUUGAACUCUUCGUGCUUGAAGAUCGAGAGAAUUUGACAUUUUUGAAUUUUGGAUGGUACAGAUGAGUGUAUCAAAGAGGUACCCGAUGCUGCUGCUGCUGGCAUUGGGGUUGAUUUUCACGCAAUCGUCUGUCGGAGCUUUACCACGAGAAGGUACAUAUUUUGCACGAUCGAAUGUUUCGUCCGAACUGACCGGGACGUCUUCCAGUCACAGUAUUUCGGUCAUCAGGAUCUUGUCCGAUGGACGAGUGGAACGGCUCAUCCGGUGGCCCGGAGCUUGCGCCAAGGAGAUCACUGUCAAUUGGGGAAACACGGAUGUGACCCUGCGACAAGUCUGGCUUCGUAAGUCGAACAGAAAGCUGCAAUUGAUAUACGCCGGUGAAACAUUGACUGACUGCAUCGACGAGAAGCUCGCGUGGUGGGACGACAGCGAGUGUUUGCCAAGCUCUCGCGGUGUCUAUCGCUAUCACGAUGACGGUGACGAGGUGUCGAUCGAGGUGUUCCAACGGGACGGUAAGGACAUUUCGAGGAUUCCCCGUGACCUCUCUUGGCUGUUGUCGACAUCGGAGCUUCGUCACCGAUGCGAUCGCAUGAGGAUGCGAGUACGAAGCCAAGCCAUGACCCAACAUCGACAUAGGAAAUACGCAAAAUCAACGAACGCGACAGCAAGUAAUGGAAAGCAAAGUCGGAGUCGGAAUCGGAGUCGAAGGGAAUUAUUCAUGAUACCAGGGACGCAAUGGUGCGGUCGUGGUGACCGUGCUACCAAGUAUACCAAUUUGGGCGGCUUUGGCAUGGCUGAUGCCUGUUGUCGCAAACACGAUACAGCUUGUCCUUUUUACAUACCGGCGUUCGAGACGCGUUACGGCGUUUUCAAUUGGAGAAUUUCGAGCAUGAUGCAUUGCGCUUGCGACGAGCGAUUUCGCACGUGUUUAAAAAUGGCCGGAACUGCGUCGGCGGAUUUUAUAGGCAAAAUCUUUUUCGACGUACUCCAAUCAAAGUGCUUUAUUUUGAAACCACAGAAGGUAUGCGUAAAACGUUCUUGGUGGGGUAAAUGUCAGCAUCACGAAUAUCGAAAGCAGGCCUACGUACGAGAUAAUGUUCCUUAUUAAGGGUGUACAGCACAAGAAAUAAUGAGGUAUUCUUCUUCCGGGGAUGUCAAUAGCAAUUCUCAGGGAUAUAAUAUUUUGUCGAAUACUUAUAAUAUGUCUAGAAAAAGACAAAGAAAAGAACUUGAGUCGAUUAUUAAAUUCAGAAAUUAUAUCACCAAAUAUACGAUUGACAAUACAUCGUAAUGUCUUCAAUACAGAGAAUCGUUAUAUCAAGUCUGCCGAUAGCUAUAUCAGACAUCUUGAAUUAUGAUGGCAGAAACGAACAGAUCGUAUGUGAGUGCACAAUCUUUUCAAUUUACUUAAUUAAUUAUUAAUUUCCAAAUAUGUUUUUCUCAACAAAAUCGAAUAAAUACAAUAAAGUAAGCAGCUC